AUGGCGGAUAUCUUAGUUGUCAUGGCAACGGAGCGUCUUGGAAUAUCUGCUGGGGAAUUGUAUGCCUUAAUGUUAUGUGUUAAAGGUCAUUUUGGCAACGAUUUAACAGUUGAGGGUAAUUCAGCGGUUGACUUUACAACCAAACAUAGUGCAUCCAUGAAGUGCUCACAAGAGGACUCACGAAUAUCGACAACACACACGUCAGAUUCAGAAUCGGAUCACAGCGACAGCGACAUCGACAUCGUUGGAGAAUCGACUUAUGUACACCACUAUUCCAAUAGUACGUAA